UAAAAAAAAUCGGAAUAAUUUUGAAAACGCGAAUCGAAAACGGGAAAAACGUGGAGAUGUGACACAUAUGGCAUAGAUGACAAUUUAUAUGCAUGGCACGGAAGUAACUCUAUAUUUACGCGUCUUUUUUUUUUUCUUAAAAAAAGAAAAAAAGCCUAAUUUCAUAAUGGUAAAUAAUUCAAUCAACAUUCAUGAACAAGAAGAGAGUGAUAACGAAGAAUCAAGUGAAGAAUUUUAUCAAUAUCGUUUUGUAUCUCAAAACACGGUUGAUAAACGCUGGAAGACCUUAAGUACAAAGUCGAGACAACAUAUUCAUGAUUUGGUAUUGAACUCUAUUCCUACCGUGCUGAAUAACACUCGCGGUACUAAGAGGAAGGCUAAUUUGCGAGAUUUGUUAGACAAACUUAUAACAAAAAUUGACGAAAAAUUGGAAACACUUCAAGUUCCGAAAACUUCAAAAACUGUCAAUUUUGAUUAUGACAAACUUCAUUCUCAAAAUCGAUCACUGGAAUUGACACUUGCUCAAGAAUUAGAUCAGAUCAGCCAAAUGGAAAUGCAACUUGAACAUGAGAAACAGCUUUUGCAUGAAGAUACGAAGAGUUUGACUAAAUUCCGUAGUGACAAGAAAGCCGUGGAUAGUCGAAAUAAAAUGCUUCAACGGAAUAAGCUUCAUCCUUUAUUGAAAGAAGAAUUGGGAGAAGCGGUUGAAAUUGAUGAAGAAUUAAUCAAGAGUCAAUUUAAACUAUCGAAAAAUAAAUCAUAUGAUCCUGAAAAAGAUGAUCAACUUUGUGAGAUUGAAAAAUCUCUUUCCUUACACUUACGAUCAAUCGAAAAGACUACUCAACCAAUCGAUGAUUUAGUAUAUGAGGUUGAAGAAGCUGGGAAAUGUUUAUUACAAUUAAUGAAAAAUUCGGGCUUGGAAGAUAAAUUGAUUGAUAAAGUUUUUUUGUAGUCGUUUCUUAAUAAAUAAAUA